AUGCCGCCGGCAAGAAGAAAGGUUGCUACCUGCAAAAACGCCUCCAACACAAGAAGAAGGAUAUCAUCCUCCUCAUCCUCUCCUGAACGGCAAAGAAUGCCCACUCCACCACCAUCCCCUACCAGAGAACCUACUCCACCGCCGCCUCCACAACCAUCAAGGGCUUUGCAAGAACAAGCCCUCAAUGCCAUCACCGAUGAGUGGGAGCCGAGGUUGUUUCCAAGAAAGAAGGGCUGGCAUUUCUUUUUGAAGCACAUACGCCGGAAAUUUAUUACCGAAAGAGGAAUCGGUGAAGACGGCGCAACUUUCACCUAUAUCAAGCGCCAUGGAUGGGAGACCUUCUCCAACCCACCUGUCAAGCCUAGGAUCCAGAUUGUGCAAGAAAUCUAUGGCAACUUCCACACCGCCCCCAGAGACGGAGUAUUUGUCAGAGGCAUCAGCGUCAAUUGCAGCACAGAAGCUAUCAGGGCCAUCUGGAAGUUACCAAGAAUCAGCACUAAUUACAGGGAAACCCUUGCUGCCUUACAUCCAAAUCAACCACUGGAACACACCGUUCUAUCUAGGUUGGCAAAAGAAGGCACAAGCUGGGAGAUGGAUGAUAAAGAAAACCCUCUAGGAUUUCCAGCAAACGCGUUACAGACGCCUGAUUUAAAUUUGUGGCACCAUUUCAUCUGUUGCAAUCUGAUGCCAACAUCCUACACCGCUAAGGUCACCUAUGAGAUGGCUCUGCUGCUGUAUGCCAUCGUCACGGACACACCAUUUGAUGCAGCCUCAGUCAUCCGAGAUCAGCUCACCCGAUGCAUCACUGAUCCAAAGGUGAAGAGCUGGUAUUUCCUGUUAUGA